CUUGUCGCCAUGGCAACCGCGUUGUUGAUCCUGGCAGCGAGCGCAGCCGUCGGAGGAGCAAGGCGCAGCCGCAGCUGCUGCAACCGCCGGGGCCCGCUCUGGUCCCGUUUGCCGCUGUAGGGACAACGAGCCCCCGGCCCCUUCUGGGGCCCAGGCAGCGGAGCGAGAUGUCAUUGUCAAACAGGUUGACACCACCCACUGAUAAAGAGGAUUGGAACAAUCAUUUGCCACCUAUAGUUUUACCUAUGUCAUCAACAGCUGGUGUGUCAUCAUCAUCAUCACACAAUAAACUAUUGAAAUACCGAAGAUUCAAGGAACAGCAAAAGAUGCUUAAUCAGAUAGUAAUUGACCGGGCUUUAAAAGAUUAUAAAGCAACCAUGGAAGAAAAGUAUCGGAGAGUUCCUACACCUCCUGAGCCAGAACUACCUUCUACUAUGAACAGUGAACAAAAAAAACGAAGAACCAACUAUCUCUUUAUGAAGAAGUGUGUGGAAAAUAAUCCAGUAGUUCCUAUUCAGCAGCAAUGGCUGACCUCCAUGCUUACUCUGGUGCCUCAGUCCCUUAUGGAAGGCAAAGACAGAGAGUUACUGGUUGAAGAGCUUUUAGAUGAAGUAACAAAAGAUUUUGAAAUGAGCAUGAAGAGAUGUGUGGUGCGAAGUGUUCUUGUGAAACCUGAUGUAAAAGGACUUGAAGAUGAAAAGGAAGGACCACUACCAGUCUCACCUUUAGGUCUGGAUUUUUCCAGACCAUGGCAUAAUAGUUUUAUACAAGCAAGAAGUCAGAUCCUCACAAACUUGCACAUUCUUCAUCCUACUCUGAAAAUUUUAUUGGAUAUUGGUUACACAACAUUUUCCAAAUUACUUAUAGUGGACUUGUCAAAUUUCAGUUUGAAAGGUCCAGUUGAUUGUGAAUCACUGAAGAAUGAUGUUUCUUUAAACUGUUCAAAAACAGAAGAGAAAUUACUGAACACAUGGUAUCCAAGAGUUAUCAAUCUCUUCACCAGAAAGGAGGCAUUAGAGGGUGUAAAGUCAGAGAAAGUUGAUUCUUUCUAUAACUGUGUGGCUACACUUAUGUCUAACCAGCUGAAAGAGCUAUUGAGAAGAACCGUUGAAGCUUAUGUGAAGCUCUUUGAUCCUGAAGACAAAAGAUGGCUGCCAUUGUUUAAGAUGGAAUUGACUUUUGAUGAUGAGAAAAUGGAGUUCUAUCCAAGCCUUCAAGAUCUGGAAGAAGCCAUUCUGUUUAUAGUGACCCGGAUAGGGCAGACUCUGCAGAAUGUUCAAACAGUACAUUCUUGGCUAGCUGGUGGGGCCACCACUGUAACUCUUGACACUGAACUUGCUAACCAUGUCAUAGCUUGGGCCUCAUCUACACUAAAGAGAGCAAUCCAGGCCAACUUGGAAGGUCCAAAAGAACAUUUUGAAAGAUAUGUUGAAAGGUAUGGUUGGCUUGUAGAUGGUACAGCAGACACACGAAUAGAGAGCUUUGAAGCAGAACACCACAGUUUUGAUGAAUAUACUGCUUUUAUAGAUGAGUUCCUCAGCCUUGCUAAGGAAAUCAUGAGUUUGCCACUACUAGCUCAUUUCCCUAUGGUACGUUUGGACUGUGAUGAUUUGAAACAGGGUUUGACUGAUAAAGCAAAAAGCUUUGCAAAUAUACUAAUGGAGAGAAUAGUUGCUAAUCACGUAGCAGAAAAUGAAAAAAUAUGCAAGGAAUUUGAAACAAUGAAGGAGCGUGCAUUAAAAGUUCCUGAAACCACAGAAGAAAUGAUGGAAAUGAUAGCUUAUGUAGAAAAGGCAAAAACCACAGGUAUUCAGGAACUGCUCAUAAAAAUCAAGGAAUGCCAAAGGCGAAUGAAUUACCUUUUAGAUGUUUUUAUAUUUGCUCCUGAAGAUCUGGCACUGAAUGCAACAGUCCUACUGUGGCCUCAGAAGAUUAAUCCCAUCUUUGAUGAACAUGAUGAUCUGAUUGAACAAUCUAAACGUAAAGGUGAAAGUGAACUACUGGCCAAACGCGAGAAGCUUAUUUUGGAACUAGAAAAGCAGACUCGCCGUAUGGAAGAGUUUACAGAAUUCUCAGAACUGGAUCGUAUGCAACAGUAUGUGACUGACAUGAGAGCGUUGCAGAAACGGAUACAGGAAGCAGAGGAAACAGUAACUUUUAUUAAUAAAGAAGAGACUCUCUUCAAGUGGGAGCUGACAGAUUAUCCUGUUCUCGAGAGUUUAAAAGUUAAUAUCGAUCCCUAUCAGAAACUUUUUGUUCUUAUACUGAAAUGGCAACGAACAGAAAAACGAUGGAUGGAUGGUGCUUUCCUGGACCUGAAUGGGGAAAUCAUGGAGACUGAGGUAGAUGAGUUUUUUCGAGAGAUAUACAAGAUGUUGAAGGUUUUUCAACAAAAGCAGAAGAAAGCAGAAUUGGAAAGGAAGAAGACACUGCAUCGCAGAGCCGUAGUAGAAGAGAAGCUGGAAGAAGAAAAGAAGGACAAUCCAACUAUUACAAUGUGUUCAUCAGUAAUGGAGCAGAUCAAAGACUUUAAGGAGAAUAUCCCCACGGUGACUAUCCUUUGUAACCCAGGCAUAAGGACUCGCCACUGGCAACAGAUGUCAGAUAUAAUAGGAUAUGAUUUAACUCCAGACUCUGGAACUACCCUAAGAAAAGUUUUAAAGCAGAACCUAGCCCCUUACCUGGAGCAAUUUGAAACCAUAAGUGUAGGCGCAAGUAAGGAGUUUUCUUUAGAGAAAGCUAUGCACGCUAUGAUGGAAAUAUGGGAGUCUGUUUCCUUCCAUACAAGCAUUUAUCGUGAGACUGGAGUUCGUAUUCUGUCAGCAGUGGAUGAGAUUCAGACUAUUCUAGAUGAUCAGAUUGUAAAAACUCAAACAAUGAGAGGAUCGCCUUUCAUUAAACCUUUUGAAAAAGAAAUCAAGGAAUGGGAAGACCGUCUCAUUCGAAUUCAGGAGACUAUUGAUGAAUGGUUGAAAGUGCAAGCUCAGUGGCUUUACUUGGAGCCCAUCUUUUCUUCUGAGGACAUCAUGCAACAGAUGCCAGAAGAGGGACGUCUCUUCCAGACUGUAGACAGAUACUGGAGGGACAUUAUGAAGUAUUGUGCCAAAGACCCUAAGGUUCUUGCUGCCACUUCAUUGACAGGUUUAUUGGAGAAACUUCAGGGGUGUAACGAGCUUCUCGACAAAAUCAUGAAAGGCCUUAAUGCUUAUCUUGAAAAGAAGCGCCUGUUCUUUCCUCGUUUUUUCUUCUUGUCUAAUGAUGAAAUGUUGGAGAUUCUGUCAGAGACGAAAGAUCCUCUCAGAGUUCAGCCUCACUUGAAAAAGUGUUUUGAGGGCAUUGCUAAGCUGCAUUUCCUUCCUAACCUGGAUAUUCAGGCAAUGUAUAGCAGUGAAGGUGAGCGAGUGGAACUGAUUUCAACCAUUUCUACGUCUGAAGCUCGAGGUGCUGUGGAAAAGUGGCUGAUCCAAGUGGAAGAUAUUAUGCUGAAGAGUAUACAUGAUGUUAUUGCUGAAUCAAGAUUGGCAUAUCCUGAGACUGAAAGAAAACAGUGGGUUCUAGAGUGGCCUGGACAGGUGGUGCUGUGUGUGUCUCAAAUGUUCUGGACGAGUGAGGUACAUGAAGCCAUUUGCAAUGGGCCAGAGGGUUUACAGGAUUACUACAAUACUCUCCAACUUCAGCUUAAUGAUAUUGUAGAGUUGGUGAGAGGAAAAUUAUCUAAGCAGACACGAACUACACUAGGUGCUUUGGUUACUAUUGAUGUGCACGCUAGAGAUGUCGUCAUGGAGAUGAUUGAAAGUGAUGUGAAAAAUGAGACAGACUUUCAGUGGCUUGCUCAACUGCGAUAUUAUUGGGAAUACGAGAAUGCUCGUGUCUGCAUCAUUAACUGCAAUGUAAAAUAUGCCUAUGAAUACCUUGGCAACUCACCUCGACUUGUCAUUACUCCCCUUACGGAUAGAUGUUACCGCACCUUGAUUGGAGCCUUUUAUCUAAACCUUGGUGGUGCUCCAGAGGGCCCAGCAGGGACAGGUAAAACAGAGACUACUAAAGACUUGGCUAAGGCUCUUGCUGUACAAUGUGUUGUCUUCAACUGUUCUGAUGGCCUUGAUUAUCUGGCAAUGGGGAAGUUUUUUAAGGGUUUGGCUUCUUCAGGUGCUUGGGCCUGUUUUGAUGAAUUUAAUCGAAUUGAGCUUGAAGUACUGUCUGUGGUGGCUCAGCAGAUCCUUUGCAUUCAGCGAGCCAUACAAAUGAAGAUGGAAACGUUUCUUUUUGAAGGGACUGAACUGAAGCUCAAUCCCAAUUGUUUUGUAGCUAUUACCAUGAAUCCAGGUUAUGCAGGACGUUCUGAACUGCCAGACAACCUCAAGGUUCUUUUCCGAACAGUAGCUAUGAUGGUUCCUAACUAUGCUCUGAUAGCAGAAAUCUCUCUCUACUCAUAUGGAUUUCUGAAUGCCAAGCCAUUAUCAGUGAAGAUAGUAAUGACCUACAGACUUUGUUCAGAGCAACUUUCCUCUCAGUUCCAUUAUGACUAUGGUAUGCGUGCUGUUAAAGCUGUAUUAGUGGCUGCUGGCAACCUAAAACUGAAAUUCCCACAGGAGAAUGAAGAUAUAUUGCUUCUUAGAUCAAUUAAGGAUGUUAAUGAGCCUAAAUUUUUGUCACAUGAUAUACCUCUGUUCAUGGGUAUUACUAGUGAUUUGUUUCCUGGUGUUAAGCUUCCUGAAGCAGACUACAAUGAUUUUCUGGAAUGUUCCAAUGAAUGCUGUGUUAUAAAUAAUAUCCAGCCUGUUAAAGUUUUCAUUGAAAAAAUGAUCCAGACCUAUGAAAUGAUGAUUGUUAGACAUGGCUUUAUGCUUGUUGGAGAGCCUUUUUCUGGGAAGACCAAAGUUCUACAGUUGUUGGCAGAUACACUAACUCUUAUGAAUGAACGUGGAUAUGGGGAAGAAGAAAAAGUAAUUUUUAGAACUGUGAAUCCAAAAUCCAUUACCAUGGGUCAACUUUUUGGACAAUUCGAUAUGGUAUCUCAUGAGUGGACAGAUGGUAUUGUUGCCAAUACUUUCCGAGAAUUUGCUUUAGCUGAGACACCUGAACGCAAAUGGGUAGUUUUUGAUGGUCCUAUUGAUACUCUGUGGAUAGAAAGUAUGAACACAGUACUGGAUGACAACAAAAAGCUUUGUUUGAUGAGUGGGGAAAUCAUCCAGAUGUCUCCUCAGAUGAGUCUGAUCUUUGAAACAAUGGACCUUUCCCAGGCUUCACCAGCUACAGUCAGUCGUUGUGGCAUGAUUUAUUUGGAGCCAUUACAGCUAGGCUGGAUGCCUCUUGUAACCUCUUGGUUGAACAGCUUACCUGAACCCCUGAGGCAAAAGGAACAGCAAGAUCUUCUGCAAGAACUUUUUAACUGGUUAAUACCACCAGCUUUAAGAUUUCGUAAACAACAGUGCAAGGAGCUGGUUCCCACAAGCAACAGCAAUGCUGUAGUGUCUCUCAGUCGACUUUUUGAAAUGUUACUUUGUCAAACUGUGCAACAGGAUCCUACCAACAAAAACAUCCGCACGUGGAUUAUGGUUGGUCUUUUACUGGAUGUAUUUUAAUAAGGAAAAAAAACAAAUAAUUGGUAACAGGUCUCUUGCAAAAUUAAUCUCUUCAUCUUGGCUUUCCUGCAAUAAGUGCAUCACACACAUGGGCAAGCAUACACAUCCAUACACUUCGUUUGCGCACACACACACACUUCUGCUAACUAUUCAAGUUCACUUUAACUUGGUAGGUGAAAGAAGAGAGUUGAGAGACUGUUUUGUUGCUACUUUUCUAAAACUUGGGAGGUGCUCAAACACUACAGUGAUAAGGGAUUUAUAAGUACCUAGACAGAUAUAUUUCAACCAUUUUCCUAGCUGUUGUCAAUUAAUUUAGAACAUUUUGUUUUAACUAACUCGUGUUUUAAAACCAAGCAGCUAGCUAAAGGCAGGUGCAUGAUCACAUGUUGGGUAAAGAAUGAUGUGCACGUGAUAGCAAUGCAUUUGUCAGGUUGUACAGAAGUUUCCUAGUAUGAGAAAAGCAAUUUCUGAGGCAUAUAUUAAUCUUAAAAUGUUCUUUAGAGAUUGACAUGAAUAGAGAGCUCCAAAAUGAAUAUCAGUCUGAAAUGAUGCUUGGGAUCUGCAGCUAUUUACAAACUGCUUAUGCUUUGCUUUACUGUCUUAUGGUCUUAGUAGAAUCCAUACAUGAAAUUAAUCCCUGGUGCAAGGGGCACCACAAAGUGCUUAAAAACUAAGCCCACAUAAGGGCUCUGCUGGGGUCUGCUAGAUGAGUGACCAUGUUGUGGAGUAGCCUCAAGACUGGCCCAUGCAGGGCCAGUUCAGAAGCUCACUAAGGAGAUGGGCUGUGUGAGUGGGCUGUGGGUGGGGUCAUGGAUCCACACCUAUGUUGUGCCCCACACAAUUAACAUGAAGGGUUGUGUCUGUUGUUCCUGUGGGACAGCACUGAGCCCUGGCCCUGGCUUGAUAGAGGAGUACAUUUCAAAUCCUGCACUUCACUUAUAUAGAGCCUGACUACUCAAGCUUUAUGUAGGGGGAGUGAAUUUCACUCUUGAGACUAUUUACAGCAUCACAUAUUCAUAUAAAGUCAUCAGGGAUUUGAUAUCAUGUUUUAUUUGUGCAGUAGAAUGUAGUGAAUUCUGUGUUGAAGAAUCUCUGGCCUGGUUUACACUACGCGUUUAAACCGAUUUUAGCAGCAUUAAACCAAUUUAACACUGUAC